AGAAGACGGCGCAUGAUGAGCCGACGAUAACAGUAGAACCUCAAUCCAAGUCGAAUACUGUGACAAUCAGGUUUAUUUCAGUGGACUGAACAAUUGUAACCGCCAUCAUGAGUGAUCUCGCAGCAAUGGAGUCCGAAUCUCCCAACAUCCCCUCCCCUCGAGAAAUCCAACUCCCCUCCUCCGUCCCCUCCCUCGAUCAAAUCCUCUCAGCACACGACUUCUCCCUCGCGGCGCAAAAAGCGCUAUCACCAAAAGCAUGGGCCUUCUACUCCUCCGCCGCCACCGAUUUAGUCACAGUCUCCAAGAACAAGGAACUCAUCCGCAGAGUCAUGCUCCGCCCAAGAAUCCUACGAAAUGUCGCUGAAGUCAGUAUAAAGAGGAAUAUUCUCGGCCUGGAGAGUAAGGCGCCGUUCAUCAUGUGUCCUGCUGCCAUGGCGACGCUGGCGCAUCCGGAUGGUGAGCUUGGUUGGAGUAGAGCAGCUGCUAGUGAAGGAAUCUUUGAGAUCAUCUCGAGCAACGCUUCAUACUCUCUCCCCAACAUCAUCGGCGCAGCUCCAUCAGGCCAUCCCUUCUUCCUCCAACUCUACGUAAACUCUCACCGCCCCAAAACAAUUGAACUUCUCCGCCGCGCUCGCUCCCUGGGCAUAAAAGCCAUCUUCGUAACCGUCGACGCCCCCGUUCCCGGAAAACGCGAGGCCGAUGAACGAGCCCCCCAAGCUGUUGUUAUAAAAUCUGCCAUGAGCGGUAGUGAGAGCAGUAAAGAUGGUAAGGGCAGUGGACUCGGACGGUUGAUGGGGCAGUAUAUCGACAAGAGUCUUUCGUGGGAGGAUUUGGAGUGGAUAAGACGGGAGAGCUCUGUGCCGAUUGUGCUGAAGGGUGUCCAGACUGUGGAGGAUGUCAAGUUGGCGGUUGAGUAUGGUGUUGAGGGUGUUAUGUUGAGUAAUCACGGUGGAAGAUCUCUCGAUGGUGCUCAGGCUUCUAUCCUCAUCCUUCUCGAGGUCCGAAAGCGGUUCCCCGAAGCCUUCCAACAUCUUGAGAUUUUCAUCGACGGAGGCUUUGAACGUGGAUCUGAUAUCCUCAAGGCUAUUGCCCUAGGGGCUACUGCUGUUGGAAUUGCAAGACCGUUCUUGUAUUCGUUGGUGUAUGGUCAAAAGGGUGUUGAGCACCUUUCACAGAUUCUUAAGGAUGAGCUUGAAACAUCUAUGAGACUUGCUGGUAUUACUAGCCUGGAUCAAGCGACGCCUGAGCUCGUUAAUACUUUGGAUGUUGACCAUUUGGUUACUUCUGGACGUAUUGAGCCAAGCUCAGUAUCACGAAGAGUCAGGUCUUCAAAGCUGUAGGAGAGGAGUUGCGGGAUGUUUGACU